AUGAAACUACAGCAAACCAAAGUAAUGUUUUUCUUGUUAGCACUAAUCUCAACAUUGAUGUUCCAACCAUCGGAAGCUCAUAAUACGAACCUGUGUCCGACAACAGCGAUCGAUAACGUGCCUGGAUGUUUCGAUGCGGUGAGAAAAGCGGCAGCCGGAGAUUUCCGAUGGUUCACAGAAGUUUGUUGCAAGGCAGUAAGAACACUUCCUGAUACUUGCUUGUUGCUUGUUAAUCCUGGCCAAGCUUACCCUACUAAUAUCUUCAGAAGCAUUUGUAUUGGCAAGUUUCCUCCAUUGCGUCAUUAAUUUUCUUUAUCUUUUAAGUGUUAA